ACCCGGAUACCGUGAUUUUUUGUUUGGAAAACAUGGCGCUGAGGUGCUGUUCUUUUUCCACAAUAAAUUCUUUUAGUCGUACUUCUAAAAAUGUGGUAUACAAACACUUUCAUGAUCUUUCAAAGGCAGGUGUGCUUACAACCAAAAUAAAUAGAAAUUCUGCAGAAUUUAAGGAAAAUGAUGAGCAAAUGCGUAACCUGGUUAAUGAUCUAAAAGAUAUAUGUAGCGUUGUAAAAGAUGGUGGUGGACAUAAAGCCAAAGCUCGUCAUGUAGAAAGACACAAGUUGUUGCCACGAGAAAGAAUAAGUCAUCUGCUUGAUAAUGGAUCACCUUUUCUUGAAUUAUCUCAAUUAGCCGGACAUGAAUUAUAUGGUGAUGAGAAAGUACAAGCAGGAGGAAUAAUCACAGGAAUAGGAAAGGUUUCUGAUGUGGAAUGCAUGAUUGUGACAAAUGAUCCAACUGUAAAAGGUGGAUCGUAUUAUCCUAUAACUGUGAAAAAACAUCUCAGAGCACAAGAUAUUGCAUUAGAAAAUAAUUUACCAUGUAUAUACCUUGUUGACUCGGGGGGAGCCAAUUUGCCACGACAUGCUGAUGUUUUUCCUGACCGGGAUCACUUUGGAAGAAUAUUUUAUAAUCAAGCUAAUAUGUCAGCUAAAAAAAUACCACAGAUUGCUGUUGUACUGGGUUCAUGCACGGCUGGUGGAGCUUACAUUCCCGCUAUGGCUGAUGAAAGCAUCAUUGUCCGAAAUCAAGGAACUGUGUUUUUAGCGGGACCUCCCUUGGUAAAAGCUGCACUAGGUGAAGAAGUAAGUGCAGAAGAACUUGGUGGUGCUGAUCUCCAUUGCAGGUCAUCGGGCGUGACAGAUCAUUAUGCUGUGGAUGAUUUUCAUGCGUUGCAUUUAGCAAGACAGUGUAUUCGAAACAUAAAUUACAGAAAAAAUAUACAGGUGGUUACAGAGGAACCGGAAGAACCAGAAUAUCCUCCGGAAGAUUUGUAUGGUAUUGUAGGAGCUAAUUUAAAACGACCGUUCGAUGUGAAAGAGGUGAUAGCACGUAUUGUUGAUGGUAGCCGAUUUGAUGAAUUUAAAGCUUUGUAUGGCGAAACAGUCGUAACAGGUUUUGCUCGCAUCUUCGGUUAUCCUGUUGGAAUUAUUGGCAACAAUGGCGUCUUAUACAGCGAGUCAGCUUUGAAAGCCACUCAUUUUAUCGAGCUCUGCUGUCAAAGAAAUAUACCUUUGAUAUUUCUACAAAAUAUUACCGGUUUUAUGGUGGGCAAGGAUGCCGAAGCAGGCGGAAUCGCAAAAAACGGUGCAAAGAUGGUCACAGCUGUAUCCUGCGCUAAAGUUCCAAAAUUUACCGUUAUAAUUGGCGGAAGUUACGGAGCAGGUAAUUAUGGAAUGUGUGGAAGGGCAUACGGUCCACGAUUUUUGUACAUGUGGCCCAAUGCGAGGAUUUCAGUGAUGGGUGGUGAGCAAGCUGGCACCGUGUUGUCCACUAUCAAGAAGGUUCAACUCAUGAAACAAGGAAAAAAGCUGACAGCGGAGGAUGAAGCUGCGAUCGACAAAGAAAUAAAAUUACCUCUUAUUGAACAGUUUGAUAAAGAGGGACAUCCAUAUUAUUCCAGCGCAAGGCUUUGGGAUGAUGGAGUUAUCGAUCCGGUUGACACUCGUACCGUGUUGGGACUUAGUAUUAGCGCUUCACUUAAUGCACCAAUACCACCAACAAAGUUCGGAGUAUUCAGAAUGUAAUAAAAAACGAAUGAUCACAUGAGAACAUAUUGUACCUUUUUUUAUAUAAAAUAAAUAAUAUACAAUAACUUUCUGUAGUCUUUACAAUAAUAUCUUGAUGGGGAAAAA